GCUAGGCCUGCUGCAAUCGACCACAGCAAACGACAAUUAUUACUAUCUCUUUCUUCUUGUCCUCAUCCUAUCGACGACGAGUCGACAAACAUAAACUACAUUGUCCAAGUAGUUAGGCACAUUCGACCGACUAGAAUUAGCAACUGACCCCUAGCGCUCAAACUUCUCACCAGCUGCUGAUCGAGCUGAUCGCGAUGCCAGCGCCAGUAGCGGUGUACGUCUUUGCAGCUAUUGCAGGUGUUGCUGCUGCUGUUGCUUUUCACGAGUUCGUCUACGAGCCUCACAUCGCCCCUGCCAUAGAGCGUUGGGCAGAGGACUUCCUUGCCAAGCGCCGUGCUCGAAGCGGAGGACCUGUUCCUGUGCCAUCCACCGGAAGACCUGGAAAUGGAGAUCCGGGUCCCAGAGGUGCUGAUCCGAGGAACAGGACUCCUGCGAGAAACGAAGAUUCCAUUGAGUUGGAAGGCCUCAACCUCGGCCUCGUUGAUGAAUGGCGAAAUAAUGUGCAUUCCACCGCACAAGGCACGGUUUUGAGGCGGAGAGUCAGAGUAAUCCCUGAUACAGAAGAAGGGAGUAUAUCUACCUCAAUAGAUGAUUCCUUCACAUCCCUCACGCACACUCCGCUCGCACCCACUCACGUCAUCUCCAACGUCUCCUCCCCCUUCACAGAAGCGCUAUCUGUAUCCACCCGCACGCCCACCCGUGCCCACUCCCGGGCCUCUUCCCACACUGCAAGUGACGGUGAAUGUGAGGGUAACACUACUAUAUUUUUCGCCCCCUCUCUCCAAUCUUCCCCUCCUCCUAGCCCGCCAUUCGGUCCCAUCCUUCCUGACACCCCUCGCACAAGCGCCGCCUACUCUGCCUGCCCAUUUUCUCCAGUUGUGCGCACUCCCGUACGCUCCCGCACACAGUCGAGCUGGUCGUUGCAGCACUCGGAUACGAAUUCGCGCAUUAGGGUGGAUGUGCAAGGCAGGCGUGUAGACGUUGACGUUGAGGGCGAACAUGUUAAUAUCAAUAUUAACAACAACGCCGGCGCUAGUGUGCACGAGAAUAUGAACGCAAAUAUUAGCGUUGUGGAAUCACUAUCAGAACGUUACCCCACUGCGCCUACUCCGCCUGUCCUUAUUUCCCCACCUUCAUCACACAGUGUCCUCUCCUCCCCACACACAGAUGUCCUGAGCCUUGGGAGCAGUGGUAGCCGCUCUGGCUCGCCAUUCGCUGUACUCUCCCCACCCCAGCAGAUCACGUCCCUCUCAGCGAGGGCUCAGAUGCGGAUGGGGAGGAAAUGUCGGUGUCGCGAAGCGGAAGUGCGCGUUUGCACAACCCUUUUUCAGAGUUUGACGAAGGGAGUGAUUUUGAUAGUGGCAGUGAGGGGAGCUGGGGCCGAGUGAGUGCAAAUCGGGGCUGAUCUGACCAUACACAUCCUCUCGUCAGAUUAUCCGAACAUGGUGGGUGUGGUAUCAGGAAAGGGUUGCAUCUAUUCAGGAUGCAUUGAUAUGCAUGUGAUUUGUUGGUGCGAUAUUCGUGUAUUUCUUUCCCUCUGUCUCUCUCUAUCUGGUUUUCUAUCUCGCUCGUUUUGUACUUGUCUUGUUCUAUCGCUUUCAUAAAUGUGACUCAGAUUCGUGUAGCAUCAACGUCAAUUAAUAUCAAGUCAUCAAGAUCGUAUCAGUUAUCAUGUUUUUGAGUGCUGCAGUUAAAGGUUGGAUCUAUGGCGAUAUGGGCACUAGUACUUGUCAUCAGGGCGGGUUGGACCAGUGGCUGCAUGAUUGUUAUGAAAAUGGCGUUGUAGGGCACUA